UUAUUGGCAGUAAAAUGUAAUUCAAGACAUGGCAUGAGAUAUACGUACAACGACCCAGUUGACAAAUAGUAUAACAAUGACACACAACCCUAACAUAUAUACAGUGUGAGAAUUGUUUUUUUCUGUCAUAGUUCUCUCCCAUUACAACACCUUUGAUCUUGUAUUUUUUAAACAUACACAUACCUUACAUACAAAGCACUUUCCUGUGCUACAUUUCAGUGUACAUGUAAUGUCAAUGACAGUAGUGGUAUGUCAUUAGUUUAUUAAUACCUUCCUCUUGUGUGUCCCCUAAUUGUUCCAGCAGAGUAGGAUAGUGUGCUCAUUUUCACAAUUAGAAUAAUUACGGUAAUUGCAUGGUUCGACAAAGGACACAACGUCAAAGCAAUAAUACAAACAGUUACAACAGUAAUCAGACAUUAGACAGCAGCAAACACACAUUAAACACCUUUACACAUAUUCAAUCAGAUGAUACAAGUAUAUUACUUUGGUAUUCAAUUAUUGUUAUCAAUGCAUUGACUUCAUUAAUAUCAGUCUGCUGAAUGACCCUUAUGUAUAUUAUGGUUUCAGUGUGGUUAAGCUUCUUAAAUAUCAUUGUGAAAAAUUAUUAGAUGACUUGGCAACAGUUUAAUGCAUCAAUGAGAGUUUGAAAUGGAUCUGAAGUCAAUACAUUUCUUAAAUUUCUUUAAGUGCAAUGCAACAUAGAGUGCAGAUGCAGUUGGUAAACCCAACUUGACUAGUAUGUGCUAUUUCAAAGACCACUUCUAUUCAGCACUAUCAUCAGCACACCAUGCUGAUUAUCAGCCCUGGCAAUUUAACCUACAACUGAAAUGUAACAGUUAUGUUCCUCCCUUACAACAAACAAACAAGUAAGCACAUAUAAAUGUUAAUAACGACAUAUUGGUAUAAAGGGUGGUCAGUACGUGUUUACAUUUGGGGUACCCUUACUACAAAGAGAUGAAUGGGUCCACCCUUGGGGGUUGGCUGUACUGUCAUUCAUCCCACAUGUAUCCUGAAAUGUAGUGGAUAUGAUAAUGACUAAAAUAGCUAAAUGGAGUAGUGAAUCUCAGAGUUUUGGCAACCGCAAAUAAUCAGUGAAAACAUUUGUCUAUUUUUGAGUCCUACCUGUUGUCUUAUAAGAUGGCUUUGUUCAUCAGCAGUGCAUUAAAAUAGCCUGUGGACAUACAACAGAGCAUGUUUUGUGUCAUCAUUUACAUCUACGUAGGUAUUCACAAGUGGACAUUUCGAAAGGGGGGGAAAAAGCAAAAAGUCUUGACUUAGCAGUUUUGCCGGCGUCACGUGACGGGUCGUCGGCUGUAUAGUCUGUUGAACUUGUUUCAUAGCCUUUGUUGAGAGAUUAACAGAGAACACACAAUGUGGAGCUAGGCCCUGCCUGCCAGGGAUAGUCUCAGUGACAGUCCUGGUAGAGAACCCGGUUGGGACCUGCUGCUUCCAAACCAACAGCAGCUCAUUAGACCACCAGCAUUAUGCCGCUCCUCCAUCAAGCCGUCUGAUCUGAAGUCCUUGGGAUUUGCUCCACAGCUGCUACUUUAAAAGGGCAAGAGAGAGAGCACCUUUUCCAAAAUUCUUCCAGCUCCCCUCCAAUGAAACCACACCUCAUUCCCAGGAGCACCAUCCGCCAACACAGAAAAUGGUCAGGAAGUCCCUGGUGGCUGGCCUGGUGGUUUUGUUGGUGGCUGCAGUAGGAGUGUUCGUGGGGGUGUUCAUGGGGGUGGGAAACAAGAACCCCAUCUCACCCUCAGACCAUUUCUACUCAAAAGCUGCCGUGGCUGCAGAUGCUGGGACAUGCUCUGAGGUGGGGAGGGACAUCCUGAAGAGGAACGGCUCAGCGGUGGAUGCAUCUAUCGCCGCUCUGCUGUGUGUUGGCCUCCUGAACGCUCACAGCAUGGGCAUUGGAGGGGGUCUUUUCUUCAACAUCUACAACGCGUCCACAGGGAAGGUAGAAACCAUUGAUGCGAGGGAGACAGCACCCAUGAAAGCGACGGAAGACAUGUUUGGCAAUAACACCCAGCUUUCCCGGAAAGGUGGAUUGUCUAUAGCCAUUCCUGGGGAGAUCCGUGGUUACGAGAUGGCACACAGGAGACAUGGCAGGCUGCCAUGGAAGGAGCUGUUUGAGCCAAGCAUUACGUUGGCACGCUUAGGUUUCCCUAUAGGCAAAGCCCUGGCCAAGGCCAUCUCCAAGAACAAGGAGGCUAUUCAAGGAGAUGCCAAUAUGUGUGAAGUGUUCUGUGACUCCCAGAAAAACAUCCUGAAGGAAAAUGAUAUCAUUACAUUUCCCAAACUAGCAGACACCUACAAGAGGAUAGCGGAUGAGGGACCUGAUGUUUUUUACAAUGGGACAAUGGCACAGACAAUUGUGGAUGACAUCCAGGCAGCAGGUGGGAUUAUCACCCUGGAGGACCUGCUGGAGUACCGGCCUGUGUUGAAUGAGAGCCCACUGAAGCUGACCGUGGGGGAGUACACCAUGCACAUCCCAGACGCCCCCUCCAGCGGCCCAGUCCUGGCACUCAUACUCAACAUAGUGGACGGGUAUAACUUCACUGGCACAAGUGUCUCAACGGCCAAGAAAAAGACUCUGACGUAUCACCGCAUCGUGGAGGCUUUCCGGUUUGCUUAUGCCAAGAGGAGCAAACUAGGGGAUCCACGCUAUCUCAAUAUCACUGAUCUCAUCCACAACAUGACCUCAGACUACUUUGCUGAUGGGAUCAGGAGCAAGAUCACAGAUGACACCACUCAUCCUGACAGCUACUACGAGCCAGAUUAUUUUGUCCCAGACAAUCAUGGGACAGCACACCUGUCCGUCAUAGCUGAGGAUGGAAGUGCUGUGGCUGCCACCAGCACAAUCAAUCUAUAUUUUGGCUCAAAAGUCAUGUCCCGAUCCACUGGCAUUAUUUUCAAUGAUGAGAUGGAUGACUUCAGCUCUCCAUACAUCACCAACGGCUUUGGAAUCCCUCCAUCUCCUAACAACUUCAUCCAGCCUGGUAAAAGGCCUCUCUCUUCUAUGUGCCCAACUAUUAUCUCUGACAAAGACAAUAGAGUGAAAAUGGUGGUGGGAGCCUCUGGUGGAACAAAGAUCACCACAGCAACUGCCCUAGUGAUUCUGAAUUCCUUGUUCUUUGACUACGACCUCAAAAAAGCUGUGACACAACCUCGAAUUCACAAUCAACUCAACCCAAAUAUGACUGUAGUGGAGGACGGCUUUGAAAAGAGUGUAUUAGAAGGCCUGGCACAGAAGAACCAUGUGACAGAGCUGCUGAUGACUCCUGAUUCAGUGGUUCAGGCGGUGGUGCGACAGGGGGAGUGGCUCUGUGCCGAGUCCGACCCCAGGAAAGGGGGCCAUCCAGCAGGCUACUGAGUCUAACCUCACCCCUUCCUUCCCAAACCUGGAGUGUACCUCCAUAAAGAGGCAGGGACAGAGCUAUGUAUCUGCAAAGACACGUGAACAAUGCCUCAAGGUGACACAGCCACUCGUUCUUCAGCUGAAAUUCAUUUCAAGACAAUAUGGAAAAUGACUUUACUCCACAUCAAUACCUCCUCCCUUCACACCAAAUAAUCGGCAGCAUUUCUGCUUUUAUUUCAGCAUUAUUUAUCAAUAACUUUUGUGUUUUGAAAAAGAAGUGAGGUUGCAACUGAGAAUGGCAUGUUUUAAUCCUAGCUGUAUCAAGAGAUCAUCAUUAUCGAUUAUCUUGAAGAAAGAAGUUUAUUAAUGCAAUGCAGUGGGGUAGCAGAACGCUGGACUGCAACUUUCGAUUCCUGCUGGAUGUAAAUACCAAUGGGCCAGAACUUAAAUGGACGCCAUGAAUCUUCUGAUAUACAUUAUGAAAUAGUUUGCCUAGGAAAUAUUAGCCAACAUAUUAGUCAAAUUACUCUGUGAUGAUGAGCGAUAUUUCUGUUUAACAGAAAAAUAGCCAUUUAUCUGAGAUUUAAGAAAAGCAAUGUUUUAGGGGAGAAUAUGAACACCAAUAUGGAAGGUUGUCAAAGUAGUUUGUCUGUCCAUUGAACAAAUCAAAUGUAGAGAAUUGACUGUUUCAUCUCUCCAUCAAGGAAAAAUGGUCUGCAUGUUUUAACCUCAGGUCUUAACCUCAGGUCUUAACUGGUCAGGUUGCUAUAUCUGUUUGUGCUUUAUGGGUUGGCUAAAGCGAAAACAGAUCAGGCAACCAGGCUACAUGUCUACCAUCUGCCUUAUGAAGAUGUUGGUCACAGGUAGCUACAUUUUUCCUUUCAUGAGAAAGCAGAUUCUGAUCUGUUAAACAGAAAUCACAGUUUUCAGUUUUCUGAUUUAAUCUCAACUCUGACCAUUGCCCAUGGGGGCCUAUUGUUAGUAAGGGCUCAAAUAUGGCUGCCAUUUACCUAUUCAAAUGGUAUUUUUAUAUUUUUUGUGAUGCAGAAUGUUGAGAAAGACACAUACAUUGUUAAUGUUUAAUAUCGAGUAAGACCGUAGCAGUACAGUGAGUAUUUUACAUUUGCAGAUAUAUUUUUUUAAACAUGCAUUGUUCUCAUGCCAUGCUUGUUAUUAAAAAUGUUUAAAUAAGAUAUAUUUUACAUUACUCAGCCUGUUCCCCAUAUUCUUAGGGACCUCUUUCUCUGCAUCGAUAACUGUAACAAAGAACUGUUGAAAGGUUUACACAAUAGAUUAAUAACAGCUACAUUAUGUCUAAACAACUGACUGAACUACAAUUUUACACCUACAACCAAAAAAUUGGGCUCGACUUCCUUCAACAGUCUGAAGAACAAAAUACCCAGCAGCUUCCUUCUGACAAAUCUUAGCAAGACGUGGCAUUUGGCGCCAGCUGUGGCUUUUACAAAAGCCUCCAAAUGGAUUAAUCACUGAAGCCAUUGAACUGCCUGUGCUUCCAUAGACCAGUGAUGUAUAGGAUGCUACAUAGCCAAUAAAUCACACAUUCGGGACUGAAGCUGUAUAUUACAUACAAAAAUAGCAAAGCAAGGGUUUUUUCAAUCCUUUGAUACAUCUCAUCUAACUGUGCUAAUAGAACAUAUCUCAUGGCCCAGACUAAUGUGAUCCUCUUGACAGCACAGGCCUGAACAGAGUAGUGUCAGUGUUGAUGCACAGUGCUCACAUACAGGGGAGGCCACUGGUGCAGAGGACAUUUAGCAUCACUGGGCACAUGCCCUAUCUAGUGCUGUCUGAUGAAGAGACACAGCAGGCCAUCCCACGGCUGCAGCUUACCGUUAUCAGUCUCUCCCUCUCCAUCUCUCUCUAGAGAUAUAAACACAUGCACACAACAGCAGAGUGAAUUAUGCAGUGUGAGUCUGUGUGUAUUUACACAGACAGGCUCUGUCCCGUCUCCUGUUCCAUGGAGGCCCAUGAUCUACUGUAUGUGUUUAUAGAGCGAAGGUGACGUGUAGCUUAUUUCAGACCCCACACAGGGCCGUAGAGAGUGCUUCUUGUGCAAACAUACCAAUAAACAUACAAAAACUUUUAACAUCUGGACCAAACCUACAUGGUAGUUAAGAUUGAUAGGGCAAUGGAACAUACUUUCUUUUUGUCUAAUGUAAGCUGUUGACAUCAACCAAAAAAGGUUCAAGUAAUGAUGACAAUACAUUUAUGUGAGAGGGACAUGCAGAACUUUCUCAAAAACCAGCCCACUCAAAUGUUAAAUAUUCCAUUGGCUUUCAACUAAAUUGUUUCUGCUUUGUACCUCUGAAAAGACCCAGAAUGUAAUAUUUGAAGGCUCAGGGCUGCAUCACUGUGGCAAUACUUCCUAUCAGUAAUAAAACUUCAGUGUUUUCAUACCAAUGUUAGUCUAAUAGCAUUCAAAACAUUACCUAAGCUUCUUCUGUAUACAAACCAAAGGGAAAUUGAAAAUAUCCUAAUAUUUCAUAACCCCUGAUCUUGGAUCAAUGCCAUUAUGAAGAGAUAAUGUAAACGUAAUGGCGCUCAUGACUGGCACUGACUGAGUAUGCUGAAUAACUUAACCUAAUAAAAAAUGAUCACUCUCACAGGUUGCAUAAAUCUACACCAGACUAACAAAAACAAUGUGCAGUGUCAUUGUUCAGCUCAGUUCUCACAGAUUGCGUCACGUUAUGGCACACACACAAAGAUAUAAAUUUCAAAUAAUCUCAGGACUAUUACAUUAAUGUGCACAUAUCUCUGGGAAAUAUUUUCCUCCGCUAAAAUGAUUCCCUUUUUCAUUGGCAUGCUUUCAGCUGAAGAAAAAUCACAAUGCUCUCUUUAAAACAUAUUCAUCUUCUGCCCGGCUCUGAUAUUACUCUCAUUCAUCAUAUCGUGGUAAAACUGCCUCUCCGACAGCUCAGAUACAUUAAACCUUCCUCAUUCUCUAAGCAUAGAUGAGACUGCGGAUCCUCUAUGCUAGAUAUCUCUGUAUGUCUAUCUUUGACCUAUGAUGGGAUCCCACCACUGGGACUUUGAAGAACAUGAUAAAUGACUACAUUCAAGUCCAUAUCAUAGAGAAUGAUAGAGGCCUCUAGAGACCAAAAGGUAGAAUUAGCAUCGGCAGCAUAUUUGAGGGCUUCCACCAUGUUAAUGUAGUCAACUGGGUGGGACCAACUUCAUUGGCUGAUCCCUCCUGUUGACCCUG